AUGAUCUAUCUAUCUUUUUACGUCAAUGCGUUGGUUGCACUUACAUGUGUGCUCUCUAUCUAUCUCACUCUGUUCAUAUUUAUCUCAUUCUUUUCCUAUCUAUCUAUCUAUCUAUCUAUCUAUCUAUCUAUCUAUCUCAUGUGUUCAUAUUUAACUUAUUCUGUUCCCAUCUAUCUAUCUAUCUAUCUAUCUAUCUAUCUAUCUAUCUAUCUAUCUAUCUGUUGUGUUUAUCUCCAUCUAUCUAUCUAUUCAGUCUGUUCAUAUCUAUCUAUCAAUCUAUCUAUCUAUCGUGUGUUUAUAUCUAUCUAUCUAUCUAUCUAUCUAUCUAUCUAUCUAUCAGUGUUCAUAUCUAUCUAUCUAUCUAUCUAUCUCAUCUUUUCAUAUCUAUUUAUCUAUCAAUCUAUUUAUGUCAGUCUAUUCAUAUCUAUCUAUAUCUAUCUGUAUCUAUAUAUCUCAGUCUAUUCAUAUCUAUCUCCGUGUUUUCAUCUCUUUCACUCACUCUAUCUAUCUAUCUAUCUAUCUAUCUAUCAAUCUAUCUAUCUGUGUUCAUAUCUAUCUAUCUAUCUAUCUAUCGAUCUAUCUAUCUCAUCUAUUCAUAUCUAUCUAUAUCUAUAUAUCUAUAUAUCUCAGUCUAUUCAUAUCUAUCUAUUUAUCUAUCUAUCUAUCUAUCUCAACAUUGUCUGCUCCCCCCAAAAAAAUAAGAAAAAGAGCCGACAGAAUACUCCUUUCUUGCUUCCACAUCUACUUUUAAACUCUCUCUUAUGCCUGUUUUUUCUUUAUCUAAUUCCACUCACUCUAUCUCUCUCACACGCACACUGUCUCUCUCUCUCUCUCUUGUAUUAUAUUUCUCCUUUCAGUUCUAGAUUCAUUUACUCUCUCUCUCAGCAUUCUCCAUUCCUUUUCUUUCUACUCCCCUCUCUCUCUCUCUCUCUCUCUCUCUCUCUCUCUUGUAUUGUAUGUCUCUUUUCCGUUCUAGAUUCUUCAUCUCGUAUUUUUUGUCAAUCUUUCUUUCAUACGAUUCAUUUCCUUCGCCUUUCUCUUUCAUCAUAUUUCUCCCUCCCUCUAAAACUUACUACGCUAUCGUCUUUCUCAUUUUCUUCCCGCUUUCUCUUUAUCUCUCUCUCUUCUUCCUUUUCUUUCUACUCUCUCUCUCUCUCUCUCUCGUCUUCCUUUUCUUUGUACUCCCCCCUCUCUCUCUCUCUCAUAUUGUAUCUCGCCUUUCUGUUCAAAAUUCUUCAUCUCAAUUUUUUUGUCUUUCUUUCACACGAUUCAUUUCUUCCGUCUUUCUCUCUCUUCAUACUUCCCCCUCCCUAUAAAUGUUUCUACCUGUCUUUCCCAUUUCCUUCCCCCCUCUCUCUCUCUCUUAUUACUUUUCUUUCUACUCACCGUUUCUCUCUCUUUCUCUCUCUCUCGCUUUUACAAGAGCCCUUCCUUUUUUCCCUGUCUUAUGUUUCAAUUUUACUUCAAAGAAAAAUGACCGUUAUUCUUUCUCCUCGGGCUGUUCAUAAAUCUUUCCCUUGUCUCUCGUCUCUCCUCUCCCCGAACGUCGCUUUAUAUACGCCACCUCCCCAGCGAUCCCACCUUUGUUUCGUUAUUUCUGCCCUUUUCUCUUGCUUCGUUCACUACUGUGGCUUCUGGUGUUGA